GAAGGAUACAAAAACAUGGACGAGUGGCGGACAGGGGAGCGGGUCCGGGACGCGGCCCCCGUCUGUCGCUUUCCGUCACCCCCUGUCCUCCGCUGCCUGGCCCGGUCCAACGGCUACCCCGAGACAGCCAGCUCCAACCUCCAACGGCUCGACCCGCCCACGAUCCCGUCUCCUAGUAUAAACCACCUCGCCGCGCCCUCCCCACGGAACCCACUCCCACACCCAAGACCAACGCGUCCAAAGCAGCAGAGGAGUCCAAGAACCAGAGCACCGAGGGAAGGAAGCGCUAUCUCCUCCAUGGCCGGCUGCUGCGUCUUCCUCCGGCGGCCGUCGACCUCCUCCGCCCACCGCCUCGGCUACCACUCCCUGGACGGCGACCACGAGGCCGGCCCGCCCCCGGCGGCGACGGUGACGGUGGUGGUCGGCAAGGAGCGGCGGGUUUUCGCCGUGGACCAGCUGGUGCUCGACACCUACCCGUUCCGGGUGCUCCUGGAGACGGCGGCGCGGAAGGAGGAGCGCAGGAGCAAGGCCCUCUUCGUGGACGUCGACGCCAUCCUCUUCGAGCACAUCCUCUGGCUCGCCGGCUGCCACGAUCGCUCCGCCGUCUCCCUCCUCCAGCCCGACCUCAAGGACAUCAUCGACUUCUACUCCCAGGACGCCUGAAGACGAUCAUCUCAUCACAUUCUUCUUCAGUCGGCCCAUUCUUUUAUUUUUCUUCUUCUUCUUUUCCUGAUGCUAAUGUUCAUAAUGUUCAGAUCAUCUGUUAUAAGUUACGACAGUGAAAUGGGAAAUACUAUAAAUUAUAGAAAUAUAUAUAUAUAUAUAUCUAUUCA